CGCAUCGUGCCCACCGCUGCGUCCGCGGGGCCCCGCCUUCUCCCUGGGCCCGGGGGCGUGGCCUGAGGGGCGGGGACUCAGGGGCACACCCCGAGCCGCAGCUCCCAGGUGCGUGUUAAAAGCUGGAGGUGGGAUGUGUGAUCCCACGACCAAAAGCGCAGGGCCGGCCUCAUCGGUUCAUUCAACAACCAGUAUUUAGUGCUUGCUGUGUUCUGCAGGCCCUGCCCUAGGCCCUUGAUACAGCGGUGCAUAGCGUAUGAGAAAGAUCUGUCCUGGCUGAGCAUCCGUAAUCUAAAAAUCUGAAAUCUGAAAUGGUCCAAAAUCCUAAACUUUUUGAGUAAUGACAUUAUGCCACAAAUGGAAAAUUUCAUACCUGACCUUAUGUGAGUUGCAGUCAAAACACAGGUGCACAACACACAGUUCAUGCAACAUCCCCAAAGGGAAAAAGACCCUCCCAGCUCUCUUCUGCUGCAGUUUUUCUGCUCACACCUGGAUUUCCCCCAUGCAUUCCCACAAAGGGUAAUUAAAUGGCAUGUGUGCAGGCUGGACACGCCAACAACAGGUUUCCCCCAAUGCCCCACAUGGGGCCAAGACCUAUGCGCAUUACUCACUGCAUUUGUUUGCUUAUUCUCUGCUGUGUGGUGUAAAUAUAUUGUUGAAAAUGUCAAAAAGACCUAAAGAUACCCCUGUGAAUGUCAAUGAUAAGAAAAAGAGGAAGCAUUUGUGUUUAUCUAUAGCACAGAAAGUAAAGUUGUUGGAGAAACUGGACAGUGGUGUAAGUGUGAAACAUCUUACAGAAGAGUAUGGUGUUGGAAUGACCACCAUAUAUGACCUGAAGAAACAGAAGGAUAAACUGUUGAAGUUUUAUGCUGAAAGUGAUGAGCAGAUAUUAAUGAAAAAUAGAAAAACACUUCAUAAAGCUAAAAAUGAAGAUCUUGAUCGUGUGUUGAAAGAGUGGAUCCGUCAGCGUCGCAGUGAACACUUGCCACUCAAUGGUAUGCUGAUCAUGAAACAAGCAAAGAUCUAUCACAAUGAACUAAAAAUUGAGGGGAACUGUGAAUAUUCAACAGGCUGGUUGCAGAAAUUUAAGAAAAGACAUGGCAUUAAAUUUUUAAAGAUUUGUGGCAGUAAAGCAUCUUCUGGUCAUGAAGCAGCAGAGAAGUUUACUGGCAAGUGCAGUAAUGAUGAUGAACAAGAUGGUAACUUUGAAGGAUUCUAUGUGUCAAGUGAGAAAAAAAUAAUGUCUGACCUCCUUACAUAUACAAAAAAUACAUAUCCAGAGACUGUCAGUAAGCUGGAAGAAGAGGAUAUCAAAGAUGUUUUUAACAGUAAUAAUGAGGCUCCAGUUGUUCAUUCAUUGUCCAAUGGUGAAGUAACAAAAAUGGUUCUGAAUCAAGAUGAUCAUGAUAAUAAUGAUAAUGAAGAUGAUGUUAACACUGCAGAAAAAGUGCCUAUAGAUGACAUGGUAAAAAUGUGUGAUGGGCUUAUUAAAGGACUAGAGCAGCAUGCAUUCAUAACAGAGCAAGAAAUCAUGUCAGUUUAUAAAAUCAAAGAGAGACUUCUAAGACAAAAGGCAUCAUUAAUGAGGCAGAUGACUCUGAAAGAAACAUUUAAAAAAGCCAUCCAGAGGAAUACUUCUUCCUCUCUACAGGACCCACUUCUUGGUCCCUCAACUGCUUCUGAUGCUUCUUCUCGCCUAAAAAUAAAAUACAGUGCACAGUAACCUUUUAGUUAAAACACAGCAUUAUACUUGGAAACUGAAAGCCUACUGUUAUUUGUUAUUGUUGCUUAACAGCUGAUACAGGUAUUCUGGUGACACUACUGUGCUGGCUUACUUAACCAGAAUACACUAUUUUUUUCGUUGUAUUACUGGUAUGUCAUAUUUUUUACUGUUAAGUACUUAUGUGUGAAUAAGUGUGAAAAAAGAUUGCUUAUCAGUAACAUAUAAAUUCAGAAUCAGGAAUGAUGGUGAUGCCAAUCACAGAUCGUCCACAUGGGUGGCGGAGAUGUUAACACCUUUGCUUUCUGAUGGUUCAGUGUAUCCACACUUCGUUUCAUGCCAAAAUUAUUUAAAAUAUUGUAUAAAAUUACCUUCAGGCUAUGUGUAUAAAGUGUAUAUGAAACAUAAAUGAACUUUGUGUUUAAACUUGGAUCAUAUCCUCAAGCUAUCUCAUUGUGUAUGUGUAAAUAUUUCAAACUAAAAAAAAAAAAAAAUCUGAAGCACUUCUGGUCCCAAGCAUUUCUGAUAAGGGAUAUUCAACCUGCCCUGCAGUCUUGAUUGCUGUAACUAUAUAAUAAAUCUUGAAAUCAGA